AUGUCGUCGAAUGAUGCAGUGCAACCCAUCGUCACCGCAGAUAACAGUGAAGAUGAGCGUGAUGCGAAUCGUGAAACCGUGAGUACAGGCAGGUCGGAUCGCACGAAAAAGUCCAAUAAGACCUCCAAAGGUAAAUCGAAGGGUGCAUACAAGAAGUCAGUGGCGAUUACUCACUGUGGUUUGUGCGCGGAUGUAGAUGAAGAUAACAUGGUACAGUGUGACGACUGCGACACCUGGUUUCACUUUCGGUGCGUUGAUGUGUCAGGUGGAAUUGCCGAAAGGGAUUGGAUCUGUAAUAAAUGUGAGCAAGCGAAGGAUCCGGUUGACCCGGCAGUCCAUGAACCUUCAAACAAUCACCUAGUAAGGAAGGAGCAGGAUAGCGCAGAGCGGGAGCUACAUCUCUUGAGUCAGCCUGCAAAUGUGAUGUCGGAUGCAUCAAUGUUAUCACCACUGGCGGCCGAAAUGCAAAGGUUGAAGCUUCCGAAUCCUAGCGGAGCCAGAAUCAGAUCGAAUCUGGACGAAAGUAAACUUCCUUAUGAGAAGACAUCAAAAUCAGCAAGUGUGGCGGUGUCAAGAACGAGCGGAUGCAUGGACGUAGCUGGAGCGUUGGGAACAAAACCACCUACCCUUGUUGGGUCGCAGGGGUCGAAGCUUUCAAGGCAGCGCAAUUUGGAAUUGGAGCUUCGAAAACUCGAGGAAGCAAAAAUGUUAAAGUUAAAGCAAAUCCAAAAGGAGGUGGAAAUAGAACGUGACUUCUUGAACUCUAAGUACGAGCUACUGAUGGACAGUGCUAGUCAGGUCGACGACGAGCAAAGUGAAGUAAGCAAGUUCACCACGAAAAUUAAGCUUUGGAUAGAUGAAGUGAAUCAGAAUCAGAAGGAGCCGCUAGAUUCAAGCAGGCACGAUCACGCCGAUCGUAUGCGGGGAGUUGAAUCAGGUCGUUUAGUACAGCAGCAAGGUGCCAUUCCUUUGGAGCGAGGGGCAGAUGAGAUACCGCCAUCACGUCAUCGUUUUCCCGUAGGUAGAGCAUACGGCGCUCAGUCAGUUCCAUCUGACCCACGUCGUCAAGAUCAACGUGCAAUACGUGACUCGCGACUCACUGCCGAAAAUCUCAGAGAUUUAGAAGACGUAGAGCGCCAGCGAAACCAACAUGAGGAAUAUGAAGUACGUCGGACAAAUUCGGUAUACGUAAACCAACCUCCAAGGUUUUUUCCUAGGCAGCGUUCGACUCCGAAUGAGCAUACUCAUCUACAGAUGCAGCGUCAAUCAGCAAUUGAUUACGAAAACGAAGCCUUUGGUACACUAAACCGUAGCCAGCUGGCUGCUCGUCAGGCUGUGCCGAAAGACCUGCCAGAUUUUAGUGGGAACAUAGAGGAUUGGCCACUUUUUUACUCUAUGUUCAAUUCCUCAUCACAAAUGUGUGGUUUCACAAAUGAGGAAAAUAUGUUGCGGCUUAGGAAAUGCCUGAAAGGUCGCGCAUUGGAAGCAGUUCGCUGUCGGUUGUUACACCCGUCGAAUGUGGUUGGCGUUAUAUCUACGUUGAAGAUGCUCUACGGUAAACCUGAGGCCAUUAUCCACGCAAUUAUCAGGAAGAUACGAGCAAUGCCCCCGCCAAACUUGGAAAGAUUGGAAACCGUAGUGAAUUUUGCAUUAUCGGUUGAGAACCUGUGCGCGACCAUAGAAGCUUGUAACUUGAAUGAAUACAUAUACAAUGCUUCGCUUCGUUAUGAGUUGAUUGACAAACUACCAUCAAGUUUGAAGUUGGAUUGGUCCAAAUUUUCCCGUGAUACUCCAACUCCGAAGCUCUCGGACUUUGGCCAUUGGCUUUAUUCAAUAGCUGAAGAUGCCAGCAACGUAAUGAUGCCGGAGGUAACUGUAAAAACCCGUGUAAGAAAGGAUGACAGAUUCCUCAAUAUCCAUUCGGAUUCACCACAUUCACCGGAUGCCGGGGGUAUUAAUCAACAUGAGUCGGAUGAAGAAAACAACCCCAGCGUGUGCAUCGUUUGUAAAGGGAGCUGCAUUUCCGUUGCUAAAUGUGGGAGAUUCACGGAAUUCACCAGUGAUUCAAAAUGGGCGGCCGUUCGAGAGCUACGUUUAUGCCGGAAAUGCCUGCGAAGUCACUAUGGGUCCUGUCGGCAGCAAAAGGUUUGUGGUGUGAAUGGGUGCUCUUACAAACACCACCCAUUGCUGCACACAGAGAAAAGGCAGCAGAAUCCAUCAUCAGGUCAUGUUGCUCAACCAUCGGAUCGCGACAACGUGCAGAGCUGUAACGUUCACCAAAUACAAACCAGUGAUACGUUGUUCAGGAUCAUCCCGGUAACCCUGCAUGGAAAGAACAAGCAAAUUGAAACUUUUGCUUUCUUGGACGACGGAUCAGAGUUGACCUUAAUGGAAGAUGAUUUGAUAGACCAGCUUGAAAUGCAUAGCACAACUCGACCACUUUGUUUGAAAUGGACGGGAAAUACACGGCGGUACGAGGAUAGAUCGCGUUGCGUCGACUUGGAGAUAUCCGGUGCCGGUAAACCAAGUGAGAAAUUCCCGUUAUCCGAGGUUCGUACAGUGCGGGAGCUGAACUUACCAAGGCAAACUCUCUUGAUGGAUCAAAUGCGCGAGAAGUAUCCAUAUUUGAAGGGAUUGCCGAUUGAAAGCUACAGUUUGGCAAAACCAAAAAUUUUGAUUGGAUUGGAUCACGCAAGCCUAGGUCACGCGCUAAAAGGUCGAGAAGGGGCACCAAAUCAACCAGUUGCGGUGAAGACUCGACUGGGAUGGAUUGCCUACGGAAGCUGUAGCGGAGUCAAGCCAGCCUAUAGUUAUGUGAACUGUCACAUCGUGCAUACUGGUCGUUGUGACUGUCAGACGGAAGAAGAUCUACAUCAAUUAGUAAAGGAGUAUUUCUCGCUUGAUAGCAUGGGGGUCGUGAAGAUGGACAAACAACUCAUCUCGGUAAAUGACGCACGAGCGCAAAGUAUGUUGCAAUCAUUAACACGAAGGAGAGGAGAAAGAUUCAUGACCGGACUACUUUGGAAGUACGAUGACGUGAGACUUCCAGAAAGCCGUGCGAUGGCGUUGAAACGAACGGAAUGUCUGGAACGCCGUUUGCAAAAGGACCAGCAACUUGCAGAAGCACUACGGGCAAAACUUACGGAAUAUGAAAUCAAAGGAUAUAUUCGUAAACUCUCAACGUCAGAACUCGAAGAACCGCAAAAUCGUAUUUGGUAUUUACCUAUUUUUCCCGUGUCUAAUCCCAAUAAACCGGGUAAAAUACGUGUGGUCUGGGAUGCAGCGGCCACUUCCCAUGGCAUAUCGCUAAACGCGAUGCUUCUGAAAGGUCCAGACCAAUUAACCUCGCUUACUUCGGUGUUGGUCCAAUUUCGGCAGUUCAAAGUAGGAAUCUGUGGCGAUCUGCGUGAAAUGUUUUUACAACUGGAGCUGAUACCGCAGGAUCGUCAAUGUCUGCGAUUUUUCUUUCGAACAAACCCUGCCGAUCCUCAUCCUAGUGUGUAUGUAACAAACGUUAUGCCAUUCGGAACGGCGUGCUCUCCAUCGUGCGCUCAGUAUGUUAAAAACCUUAACGCGCUAGAGCAUCAGGAGGUUUAUCCGGCAGCGGCAAAUGCUAUCAUCCGUUGGCAUUACGUGGACGACAUGUUGACCAGCAUCGAAUCUGAGGAUGAAGCUGUACGUUUGGCGUGCGACGUGAAGACAGUUCAUAAAAACGGCGGCUUUGAGAUGCGGAAUUGGAAGUCCAACUCGGAGAAGGUGUUAAGCGUUAUGAACGAAAGAAGGCACGAGAACGGAAUGAGCUUGGAUCUUGGCAGCGAAAUGGCGACGGAAAAAGUGCUGGGUCUUUGGUGGUGCACGACGUCUGAUUUUUUCACAUUCAAGCUAUCUAAUCGACACAACCCGGAACUGUUGUCGGGUCAGCGCAUUCCAACGAAACCUCGAGGAAGUCAGGAUCCCACGGUGCUUUCGAACACAAACUUCCACAAACCCUAG